AUGACGAGAAUCAGGCCGGCCACGGACCCAAGAAUCCGCGCCCUGGAGCUGCUCGGGGUGGCGCUCUCUGCGUGCGCGUGGAUCUUCACGCUGGCGGCCACGCUCAGGUCGGCUUGGCUCACUCUGUCCACCGAGCUGCUGCCCACGGAGAGCUACGAGCUGGGCCUGUGGGAGACGUGCGUGGUGCAGGACGUGCAAGGCGCGCUCCUGUGUCGACGCCACGACAGCCCGCUGGCCUUGCCGCGUGACAUCAAGCUGGCGCGCGUGCUCGUGUGCGCGGCGCUGUGCGCCGGGCUGCUGGUGCUCGCGCUCGCCAUCCCGGGCUUGCACGCGGUCAACGCGCGGGUGGACGGUCGCGUGAAGAAAGCGAUGAAAAUGUGCGGCGGGGCGCUGAGCAUCGCGUGCGGCGUUCUGGUGCUCGUUCCGGUGUCGUACGUCGCGCACGUCGCGGCGCUCCGCUUCUUCGACGAGUCGGUGCCGGACGUGGCACCGCGCUGGGAGUUCGGGGACGCGCUCUUCUGCGGGUGGACCGCAGGCGUGUUGCACCUGAUGGCGGGGACCGCGCUGCUCGCCUCCUGUGCGUCCCUGCAAAACCUUCACGCCCCCGCCCCACUGGAUCAUCUGCGGCCGGGACCGAGAACGGAGUACGUCUAA